AGAAAAUCGGCAAACUCUCCAGAGCUCCAAGAAAUAUAGAAGAAGUGAAGAUUUUUCCGGUUCCGGCAUGAAUAGGAUAGGAAGGAGAGUUAAACAGGAACUAAGCUCCGGCGACCAAGGUCACCGGCCACCGGCGAGGCUCACCGGCGAGCAGGAAUUCUCCGUCAUGGUCUCGGCUUUGAAGAACGUCAUAAGCGGGAGGGCAGUGUCAGCCGAGGAGAAUGUGGAUUUAUUUUCGUCGUUUGAGUUUCUCGCCGCCGCAUCCGCCGGAGAUUCCUCGACGAGCGCCGCGGAGUUGCCGCCUUUUUUGAGCGUCCCGGAAGGUAACACGUGUCAGUUCUGCGGGAUAUCCGGGUGCCUGGGCUGCAAUUUCUUCGGGCCCACCACGGAGGCGGACGACAAUCAGAAGAAGAACAAAAAUGCGGUGAAGAAGAAGAAGAAGAAUUUCAGAGGCGUGAGGCAGAGGCCGUGGGGGAAAUGGGCGGCGGAGAUACGGGACCCACAUAAGGCGGCGCGUGUUUGGCUGGGAACGUUCAACACCGCGGAGGAGGCGGCGCGGGCUUACGAUAGAAAGGCCAUCGAGUUCAGAGGCCCGAGAGCCAAACUCAAUUUCCCAUUUUCCGAUUACACAUCGUCAAAUCCUCAACUGCUGCAACGUUCGGCUUCAACGUCUUCGUCUCAUCUUCGCCGGCCAAUGCCGCCACCGCCGCCGCCGCAACAGCAAGAAAUAAGCGUUACAGAGAGCAAUUUGGCGGCGAAAAUGGAGGUGGGCACGAGCAAUGAAAACGAACUGUGGAAAUUCGGGGAAGACGAGAUUCAAGACUGUUGGACGAUGAUGAUGGAUUUCAAUGGCGAUUCUUCCGAUUCCGCCAGCGGUUACGUUCAACCGUGGGAUCAUCAAUCUUGCUAGAAUGCUAGCUACAUAUAUUGCAGAAAUAAUAUUUAUCGCUAAUAUAAGCUAGCUAAUUCCUAGGAAAAAUUCGCUUUAAUAUAUUCGACGAAUAAUUUAUCUAUGUAAAUCAGAGUUUGCCAUAAGUAAAUAUAAAAAUAUAAAAUUUGAGAAACAA